AUGCCUAUCAAUUAUGCUGAGCAAGAUAGUUCUAGUUCUAGUUCUAGUUCCCGUUUAAGUCGUUCAAGUAACUUGCGGGAUUUGGUUGAGGAUACGAAUUUUAAUAUAAUGAAAAAAAGAAAAGAAAAAUAUGAGUAUUACAAACAAAAAUUUGAUGUUGCAUUAACCUUGUAUAAUCGGGAAAUAGAUAAUUACAAUUUUAUAAAUAAUUUCAAUACUUUGGUUGCGCCGUUUGUAAGUGAAAUAAAUAAAUGUGAAGAAGUUUUACGAGCUCGCAACCAACAAGGUACUUGGACGUCAAAUGGGAAGCUUGCAUUUUGGUUACGUUAA